AUGACUCUGCUCUGUUACAAGUACGAUCGAGUUACGAUAGGUCGUGGUAUAUUGGAGGAAAUGGAGAAAUACAGUGAAGAUCAAAGUGCUAAGGAGGAGAGAAUGACGAAGAACCGCUUUAUGGUGUGCUGCCGUGCAACCAGACCUCUGCGUGUUAGAGUAAUUUGUAUUUUAAUUAUCCUCCUUCACAUCGCUGUUGUCGAUUAUCAUAUGGUGGAACACGAAAGCAUUGCAUUGUUGGGCUUCCUCGCAGUUGACGUCAUCAGCCUUAUUCUGUUUGUUGCGUCAUUUAUUUUGUCAUGUUUACGUUUCAAGAGUUUGAAUGGAAACAUGCCAAUGAGGAAAAUAAACAUUUGGUUGGAUGUAAUUUCUUGGUUUGUGUUCUCAGCCACUGUGAUGACUAAGUCGGUUAUAAUAUUUAGUGAUUUUGAAGAUGAAAACCUCAUUUUUGGGCCAAAUGCCGUAAAAACUGCUUUUGCUUUAGUAGGAGUAGUCUUUGUGCUUCAUCUUUCUACACUUCAUGACGCAAAGCCAGGUUCGGAGAGGAAAGCAUACAUUGAAGAACUAUCUACCCAUGUUAUUUUUGAUAUCAUGGAUUGUGUCGAUAGCAUGGAACCGCUCUUCAUUAAGGAGGAUCGUGCAGAGUUUCCACCAGGUCUCAUUAAAGCUAUAGUGGCUGUAGCCUCCUUCAAUUUUGUCUUACCAACCAUACCUCUUCUCACCCUGUCGCUCACCAGAUUCGGACAUGCCAAGUUACCCCGACGUUUGAUCGUGUUACAUAAGAUUCUCCAUGCAUACAUAGUCAACCUUCCUCUCUUACUCAUGAGGAUUAUUUUAUGGCAUGAAUUUAACAAAGGCAUCUCCGUAUUUUCUUUAAAGAAUGUGAUUGUGAUCGUUGCAACAUCCUAUGAAUUCUACAAACAUUACGAGACCGAAAAACUUCAAAAGGUUGACGACAAUGCAGAAAGUUAACCAGUUGAUGCAUACAGAAUGGUCUAAUAGAUUCAAAUAUCAUAGCAUAAAGUUACACUACCAACCGAUAAAUUUAAAAAAAAAUACAAUAAGACAGAACACAUACGUGACUAUCUGGAUGCGCAAUGCGUUGAUUUUACGAUUUUCUUUAGGAUAACUGAAUGAAACACCCUUGACAACAGAAAUCACACCCUUCUACACCAGAAAAGUGUAACAUGGGAGCAGGUGUUUGUUAUUUUUUUUUAAACCAUCGCAUUUCCACAAAAUAAACAACAGUGUCUUCGUAAAAUUGUGAAUUUUCAAUAUUUCUGUGACGUCAUCAAUUGUGAUUAGAUGAUGUAUAGUUUGAUAAAUCAAUUGUUAUACCUGUUAAGAGUUGAACAACUGAAUAGACAGGCAUAACUAUUAAGAGAUUGCUCCCCAUUCAUUUCUGAAGUGACCACACAUCCGAUUCGCAUGAAAAAAAAGCAAUUGAAAUUUCAAGAAACCAUUUUACAUUAAAGUAUAUUGGAAAUUGCAGAAAUGCACAUGAUUUUUAACUUUUCUGCAUUUUCACACAUCUUUUGAUUCUCACGUCACGUAAAAAAGAAUUUACUUGCAUCCGAGAGCGUCGGAACAUUAAUAUAUCUGCGUGUUCGGGGAGGUUGUCGUUUAGGUAUUUGCAUGUUGCCGGCAUAUUCUUGUUGCUGCUAUAGCUAUCAAUCUGAUGUGUGUAAAACCCGAAUGGUGUCUUAUAAAUUUUACAUUAUUAAAUGUGAUUAAGUUUAUUAAAUCCA